ACCGAAUGGCAGCGUUUACGCAGAGGGCUGUCUCACCUGCUGAAACGCACUUCACCAUUCAGCACAACAGAGCCACCGUUCGCUCUCGCCUCCAAUUAAUAUCCACUCCUGCGAGGUCAGCGCUUCGGUUUCGUGCUUCUUCGGGGUUUGUUUUGCUUCGUCUCCCGCAUCGUUUUGAUGCGACGGGCUUGGUUAUCCUACCAUGCGCCGUGUGCGUGGAUCGUCUCUGCCAGAGUAGGCGAACAAAGCGCAUCAAGUCUCUCCAGAGAGCUGCCUCCCCCAAAAUCGCGGAUUGCUGUCUGUAAGUAGGCUUCUCUGGAUAAUAGUUUGGAACCGUGUUGUUUUUUUUUCUCUUGUCGUUAUAGGUUUCCUUCUGUCUUAUUCACUUGGAUAGAACUCGCUAUUCAAGAUGGAUACGCUUUUUCUUAGCCCGACGGACAGGCAUUUAAUUUAGGGAACACCCGAUCCCACUGCUGGACAAAAAUAAUGGCAAGAUUUUGGAUAACGUUGGACACGUUAUUGGUUUCCUGGGAGUAGCGCGGGCCUGUGUCGAUGCUUGAAAGCAGAAAUAAACAGCUCGGCAUUGCAGCUUACACGCAAAUAUUUCAUUUCCCAAGGCGUUGAACUACUUUAUGUCAAAAAUACGUCCGAGCGCUGAUCAGACGCACUGAGCACAUCAUCGGCAAAAAAACACAAACCAAACUAUGGAGCACACUGGGAUCGAGGAGGUGAACCAGACGCACCAGCAGCAGCAUGAACCCAUCAGCUUCGGGAUCGACCAGAUCCUCAACAGCUCGGAUCAGUCCAGCGGCUGCAUGUUGCCCAACCGGACCGGCGACCCGGAUUACGCGCUGGCUCCCAACGUCUACAGCAACGGGUACAACAGCGUCUACAACCCGGCCUGCUCCAUGGCGGCGGCGGCGGGUUUGGCCGGCUCCUAUAAUGUCAACAUGAACAUGAACGUCAGUAUGAACAUGAACAUGAACGUUAACGUGAACUCCGGAGGCGCAGGUGGGGUGAUCCGGGUGCCGGCGCACAGACCCAUGCCACCUCCGCCGCCGCCCCCCGCCGCUGCUGCACCUCACCCACCCUCUUCGACGCAUCCGCCGGGCAUCGGACCGGGCAUCCCCUCGGUGCCCGGGAUGGGAAUGGGGAAUCCAGCAAACUUCACCUUCCCGUGGAUGGAGAGCAGUAGGAGGUUUGCCAAGGACAGAUUAACAGGGGAGCAGGCAGAGGAGAUCCGAGCCGGAGAGGGCGCAGGGGGGCCGGGGGCCGCCGGUUCCCUCUGUCCUCUCCCCAAGGGAGACAUCGGCAGGGUCCCUGUCUGGAGCACUGUGGAGACAUUAGCCAAAUGCUAUUACCCCGAGCUCGCUCACCUGCGAGACGGCAAUGGCCUUCUAGCAGACUAUCCUUUUCCCAAGGGGGCUUGCCCAGCCGCCCUCUCGCCGUUCUCCGUGACCCGUCGGAUCGGCCACCCGUACCAGAACCGGACGCCGCCCAAGAGGAAAAAGCCCCGCACCUCCUUCAGCCGGGUGCAGAUCUGCGAGCUGGAGAAGCGCUUCCACCGGCAGAAGUACCUGGCGUCGGCCGAGCGAGCCACCUUAGCCAAGGCCCUGAAGAUGACGGACGCGCAAGUCAAGACCUGGUUCCAGAACAGACGAACAAAAUGGCGGAGACAGACUGCAGAGGAAAGAGAGGCCGAGAGGCAGCAGGCCAACCGGCUGAUGCUGCAGCUCCAGCAGGAAGCUUUCCAGAAGACGUUGAGCCAGCCGCUGCAGCCGGACCCGCUCUGCCUGCACAACUCCUCCCUCUACGCCCUGCAGAACCUGCAGCCGUGGGCAGAAGACAAUAAGGUGACCUCCGUCACCUCCGUGGCAUCUGUAGUGUGAGUGUGUGUGUGUUUGAGUGUGUGUGUGUGUGUGUGUUUGUGUGUCUUGGAGAUAGAUAUAUAGAUAGAUAGAGGGAGGGAGGGAAUAAGACAGACAGACAGACAGAGAGGGAGGGACAUGAGACGUCUUUAUUAAAGCGUCGUCAGUGUGAAUGGACGAAAGAGAGGACUUUCUUCAAGUCUAUUUCUCGCAAGUCUGACGUUCAGAAACUCCAUUUUGGGAUGUCGUAGAUGCAGGAGAGUAAAAGUUUGAAUGGACAUUGCGCUUCCCCACUAAUUGAUACCAGCAACGUGGUGGGUGGAGCAUGUGUGGAUGGAGAUCUGUUACUGCCGAGGCCUACAAACACUGUAUGCGGACCAGCUCAGGAGCCGCACUAACGUUGCUUUUUGUCAAAAAAAAAAAAAGAAAAGAAAAGAAAAAAUUAAGAAACUUUUGUCUUGAAUAUCUUGAAGUAUAUUGAGUCAUUUCAUGCCUUACACCAAGUUUCCGCUUUCCCUUCAGCUGUCGGUCUAAAAGAGAAGAGGGCACUUUACCCCCCCGUGCCCCCUAAGUGCCAGGAAACAAAUGGACACCUCUGUACAUGCCCAACUAUCAAGACUGUCCCUCCCCCCCCCCACCUUUUUUUUUUUUUUUGCCUCUGGAUCCGUUCACGAGGCGAUGCAGACUCUCCGCCAAAAAAAAGGGCGACAAAAAAUAAAAAAAGACCUCCUGUUUUUCGCUUUUGACUUUGUACAAUGUAGUAAGUGCAUGUUUCAACCCUUUUCUGUGUACACUUGGAAGUACCACUGGCGUCGGCCGCUGUCGAGGUGGAUCUCCUCCCCCCCAGCCGCGAUGUUCAAGUGGUAGUGGAUUGGUGAAAGUCCCAGUUACGGAUUUCCUCAUUAUGUUGAAUUUAAAGGUGUUUUAUAUUAAAUGAUAUUGUGACUUUUUGAAAAGAA